AUGUUCCCAGCCUAUGCUAAUUCGGCUCCUGUAGAAAGGGAGGAAGGAGAGCUUGAUGACGGUGACAACUACUCAUCUUUCGAAACGCAGCAAAAGAUAUUAGAAAUCCGCGAGUUGAAAGAAAAAAAGGCGAAAGAGGAACGCAUGCGAGAGAGGAAGAAAAAUGAAGCUGCUGUUCGAUACAUAUACAGCGACGAUGAUGAUGAAGACGCAGAAAUCCACCAGCCUGCGCCUGCGCCACAUUUCACUCCUAUCAGUGAGGAGAAGGUUGAUUUACCAAUUUCAAAGAAGAAGAAAAAGUCGACAAAAUCUAGACGAAAAAAAGAAAAGCGGAAACGCAUGAAGCAUAUGAGGGCUACAUCGAGUUCUCCGGAGUCUCGCGAUCGCAGCAGUCGGAAAAAGAAAACCCGCUCGAGCGAUUCAAGCAGUUCUUCUUCCUCUAGCGAUUCCGAUGAUCAAAGCAGAAGGCGGAAGCGCCGCGAAUCACCAAAACUGAACGUAAAGAAGGGGAAAUGGGAGUUCCUUGCUGAUAGAGAAGAACGCUCUAACGAAGGCUCUUAUAUUGUUUUCCAUACUUCAUACGACCACGAAAUUUUCCAAAUGGAUUCUAUUCCAAAGGGGCAUACAGCAGAGUACAGAAAUCAAUUCUGCUCAAUAUUGAACGGUAAUGAGCGAUUGGUUGAGUUGUUUUUCUCGAAGGAGAUGCGUGAUUUACGGGAAAAGAGAUUGCGGUCGGAUCGAUAUUAUGGUGGACAGCUUCGAAAGCUGAAUGACUCAAAUGUGGAACGAAUAUUCCGAAAAAAGGAACCGUUAUACCACACAAACAUAGACUACAUCGCUUUGUCUCACACACCGGAUCGCGAAUUUCGUCUUUUGCAUGAAAUCGCUGAAAGAAAGCGCGUCGAGGAACAGCAGCAGGCACUCGAACUCCAAGUUGAGCUAACGACUCCACCUAAACUGGUUGAACUGGAAUUACAAAGACAACGAGUUGCUGCUGAGUUCUCAAAAGAUUCCAGGAACUCGGCUCUCCUUGAUCAAUUUCUCAAGAUUAAUGAAGAAAUUUUCGAGAGCAGUAGUCCUGGUGGUUCCACAGAAAACCGAAAGGCCCUUGUUGACCGCCAGCUGGCAAUAAUUGACCAAGCAAUAUCUUGUCAUCCUCGUAAGAUCGAGUAUCGUUUGAGAAGGCUUGAAUUCUUAAAGGAAGUUAAGCCGAGUAGAGAGGUGUUAUCUGAAUGGGAGAAGAUUCUGAAUGCAUUUGUUAAUAGUUGCUCGAUGUGGGAGAAAUACUUGGAUUUUAUUCAGUACGACAUGGCGUUCUACUCUUGUGAACUUUUGGAAAAAGCGUUCGAUCGGUGUUUUGCUAAAUUGCACGAUAUUCUGAAUGGAGUGUUCAGGUAA